GUAACUGUUAUACAGUAUUGAUAUUAAUAGACAUUGUAUUGAAUUGUAUUGAAUUGUAUGGUAAGCGAGAAAAUACCGCAAAACAGUCCAACAAAGACAUGAACAUCGAUUGACAGCAAUCUCUAGGUGUGUGUGUGUGCUGUCUAUCGGGUCAUUGAGUGAGUGGUACAGUCAGUAACGGACGGUUGUGUUGCGGUCACCACCCGAAUCGCGCAAUGGCAUCGACUACGGCUGCGGCGGCGGCGGCGGCAAUGAACGAGUCAUCAACAGACCGGAUGCCGAUGAAUAGCGUAGCCAUCGACGGCACUAACAAUGGCAUCAAGAAGUCGACGCCAGCGAUGAAGAUAGUGGUUCCACACGAAUGGAAACGUAAGGUGCGGUCGGAGUACAUGCGUUUGGUUCAGACCAAGAGAUACAAACGCAACGAUAUCGUCAAAGGCGCAUAUGUGACCAACAGAAAUGAGAUAACAAAGGCGUUGGCAAACAUUAAUAAGAUUAAGAAGGAAUCGACGGCUAUUGUCCACUUCCCGACUGAUAUACCCACACAUCACUCCAUUAUGCGAAAGUGUGAAAUGCGUCCCUUCGAUACGUCCAACAUUAGUACCAAACAAUCGGUUCCCAUACGGAUGAUGUACGCCGUGACACCCAUUCCCACAAUGUAUACGUGGGCUCCCAUUCAGCAAAACUUUAUGGUUGAAGACGAAACAGUGUUGCAUAACAUCCCGUAUAUGGGCGAUGACGUACUGGACACCGAUGGCUCGUUUAUUGAAGAACUCAUUAAGAACUAUGACGGCAAAGUCCACGGCGACCGCGACAGCAGUUUUGUCACCGACGAUGUAUUUGUUGAACUCGUCGACGCUCUGAAAGCGCCCCAUAAGAUCACUAACAAUAAUGAUAAUAAUCUUAUCAAUGACACCAUCGAUGACGAUGUGAACACUAAUGGCGCGAAAAAAGACAAACAAAUUAUCUUAAGAAGCGAACGUUCGACAACUGCCACUCAAAUGACACGAAUGCCGGCAAAAAUAGCACAAAAUAUGAUAUUUCACGCGAUUUCCGCUGUAUUUACCGAUAAGGGAACUCCUGAAGAACUGGAAGACAAAUACGAAGAAUUGUUGGCAAAACGCAAUAAUACAACAGUACAGCCAUUGGAGUCGACACUAAAUAUCGACGGCAACAACACUCAGUCCUAUCCUAGAGAGCAGACAAUGCAUUCAUUUCAUACACUGUUUUGUCGUCGAUGUUUCAAAUAUGACUGCUUUUUGCACCCAUUUCAACCGAUUCGUCUAAAUAAGAGAAGACAUAACAAUUUGGAGAAGAAAUCCGAGCCGUGCGGUAACAAAUGUUUUCUUCAUAUUGAUAUCGUCAAAGAAAAGAUAAUUCAAGAGAAACAAAAACAAGUGGAGAGACGAUCGUCAAGAAAUCAGACAAAUGGUAACGACAGCGGUAAUGAUGCGAGCAGUGAGGACAGCAACGAUUCAGUUGAAUCAUUGCCUAUAAAAACCAAGAAAACUCGUUCCCAAUCGCCUCCAUUGUCCAACUCUGAGGUUUCAUCUAAUAACAUAUGCUUUGACGAGGAUAGCAAUAAUCCGACGUCGACGACACAAAAGAAAGACAAAUAUCGGCCGUCGAAAAAUUUUUCGCCACCAAACUAUCACGACUACUGCCUACCGCCGCCGUCGCCCGACGACGAAUCACUGCCCAUUACUACCGAUACUACAGCCGCUACCAUCAGUUUGGCCGACAUUACUACCGAAUGGAACGGUUCUGAACAGUCGUUGUUUCGGGUACUCAUCAAAACAUUUUAUAACAAUUACUGUAUCAUAGCGUCGAUGUUGCGGAGCAAGUCGUGCGCCGAAGUCUAUGUGUUUGCCCAGAAAGAGCUGAGCGAUUUGCCACUCGAGGACAGUAUGAACGACAAGACACCGCCGCGAAAGAAGAAAAAGAAGCACCGCUUGUGGUCCAAUCAUCAGCGAAAGUUUCAGCACAAAAAAGAUGGAAAUUCCAAUCAUGUCUAUAACUAUACACCCUGUGAUCAUCCGGGCCAGUCGUGUGAUAGUACCUGUCCCUGUGUUCAGGCGCAGAAUUUUUGCGAAAAAUUCUGUAACUGUAGCUCUGAUUGUGCCCAACGAUUUCCCGGCUGCCGAUGUAAAGCCCAAUGCAAUACCAAACAGUGUCCCUGUUAUCUGGCUGUCCGCGAAUGUGAUCCCGAUUUGUGUCAGGCAUGCGGUGCAGAUCAAUUUGAUCUGAAAAACAUUAGCUGUCGUAAUGUUUGUGUUCAACGCGGUCUACGAAAGCAUCUAUUUUUGGCGCCGUCAGACGUGGCCGGUUGGGGCAUAUUUCUGGGCGGAACGGCUCAGAAAAACGAGUUUAUUAGCGAAUAUUGCGGUGAAAUUAUAUCGCAAGACGAGGCCGACCGUAGAGGCAAAGUCUACGACAAAUAUAUGUGUAGUUUUCUAUUCAAUUUGAACAAUGAUUUUGUUGUGGACGCCACCAGAAAGGGAAAUAAGAUCCGAUUUGCAAAUCACUCGAUAAACCCGAACUGUUACGCAAAGGUAAUGAUGGUUAACGGAGAUCACAGAAUCGGUAUAUUUGCCAAACGGGUCAUUCAGUCGGGAGAAGAACUAUUCUUCGACUACAGAUACGGACCGACAGAACAAUUAAGAUUUGUUGGCAUCGAAAGAGAAGAGUUUGUCUAAAUAAUUGAAUUUUUUUUGACAACUGUUUACAAUUUGAUAUGUUUUACACAUAA